ACCCGAUCACUUCGCCAAGUUGCAAGGCGCACCCAAACCAAGUGAAAUCACUCUCACUUUGACCUCUCACCUCUCACCUCACCCUCCCCUUCACCUUCUCCCAUCUCUCUCUUCCCUCUUCCUCUCUUCCUUUCUUCAUCUCUCAAUCAUACUUGCUCUCCGAGGCAAUCUCUCAACUUGAGCAUCGCACGAGAAACUUCGAUUUUGAAUGAUCUCAUCUGCUCCAGUUGCCCAUCAUGCCUCCUCCGUCCCAUAGUCGGCCGGAAAAUGUGCUCAAGAGAGCGCAAGAACUCAUCGGCGUCGGCCAGUCCCAGGCCGCGCUGUCCAUUCUUCACGAACAUGUCACCUCCAAACGCACGCGCAGCCAGCCCAUCGCCUCGCUCGAGCCCGUCAUGAUUCUCUUCGUCGAGUUAUGCGUGGAACUCCGACGCGGCAAACUCGCGAAGGAUGGUCUGUACCAGUACAAGAACACCGCGCAGAACACGAACGUUGGCACCAUCGAAUUGGUGUUCAAAAAAUUCAUCGAGCUCGCCGAACACAAGGUCGCCGAAGCCCAGAAGAAAGCGGAUGAAGUGCAAUCCUCUCUGGAGUCCAGCGAGACCGCCGUUGAGGAUCUCGAAGCCAUCGAGACUCCCGAAUCCAUACUCCUGUCCACCGUGUCGGGCGAACAGUCUCGCGACCGCACCGAUCGAGCCAUUGUCACCCCGUGGUUGAAGUUCCUCUGGGAAACCUACCGAACCGUCCUGGACAUCUUCAAGAACAAUGCCAGGCUCGAAAUCAUGUAUCAGGGCACGGCGCAUCAGGCGUUCGCGUUCUGCUCCAAGUAUGGACGAAAGACCGAGUUCCGCCGACUGUGCGAGCUGCUCCGCAACCAUCUGCAAAACGCGGCCAAGUUCUCGUCGCAGAUGAACGCCAUCAAUCUCAGCGACCCGGACACCCUCCAACGUCAUUUGGAUACCCGUUUCCAACAGCUCAACGUGGCCGUCGAGCUCGAGCUGUGGCAAGAAGCAUUCCGCAGCGUCGAAGACAUCCACAACCUCAUGAACCUGAGCAAGCGACCCCCGAAGAACGUCAUGAUGGCGAACUAUUUCGAGAAGCUCACCCGCAUCUUCCUCGUCAGCGAGAACUACCUGUUCCACGCCGCUGCUUGGAGCCGCUACUUCAGCCUCAUGCGUCAGUCGCAGGUGAUGGUUGCAUCCGGCCAAGGCCUCAAGAAAGACAACCCUGCAAUUUCGGACGCCGAUAUGGUCCGCGGUGCUUCUUUCGUGCUGCUCUCCGCACUGGCAAUUCCUGUCAUCAGCACUUCUCGUUCUCGCGGGGCCCUCGUUGAUGUUGAUGAGGCCAAGAAGAACAAGAACACCCGUCUCACCAGCCUUCUGGGCAUGUCCACCGCACCCACUCGCGCCGGACUUUUCAAGGAUGCUCUCGCCAAGGGUCUUCUGAAGCGUUGUCGUCCUGAAAUCCGGGAGCUGUACCGCAUUCUCGAGGUCGAUUUCCAUCCCUUGUCGAUCUGCAAGAAGAUUUCCCCCAUCCUAGCGCAGAUUGGCAACGAUCCUGAAAUGGAGAAGUACGUUCUGCCGCUCCGACAAGUCAUCCUCACGAGGCUCUUCCAACAACUUUCCCAAGUCUACGAGUCCGUUGAGCUCAGCUUCGUCCUCAAUCUUGCCCAGUUCCCCGAGCCCUUCCAGGUCACCCGCCCCCAGGUCGAAAAAUUCAUCAUGAACGGCUGCAAGAAGGGCGACUUGGCCAUCCGCGUGGACCACGCCACUGGCGUUCUUACCUUCGAUUCGGACGUCUUCUCUUCCGCCAAAGCCCUCCACCCCGGCGCUGCUGCUGGCUCUGCUGAGUCCGAGACGAGCUCGGUUCAGCGAUUGCAGAGCACCCCGGCAGAGAUUGUUCGCUCUCAGAUCCGCCGUCUCGCCAAGUCCCUGUACGUCACGUGCCAAUAUGUCGACCCCAGCUUCAACGAAGCGCGACUCCGAGCGAAGGAAGCAGCGCACUCGCGUACCAAGGCUGGAGCGGAACAAGAGCAUCGCGAGACACUGGCUCGCCGCGACGUCAUCGAACGCAAGAAGCAAGCUGCAUCCACGGCUUUGGCCUUGAAGGAGCAGGAUCUUGCCGCCCAGAAACGCCGACGAGCUCAAGAACUGAUGGCGGCUGAGCGAGAGCGACUCCAAAAGGAACUGGCGGAUCGCAACGCGAAACGCCUGCAAGCUGAAAAGCAGAAGGUUCAGGAAGAAGAGGCCCAGCGUGCUUUGGAGGAACUCACCAAACUUGGCGGCAAGGGCAUCGAUUUGACUGGUGUGGAUCUGAAGGACCUCAGCUCGGCCGAGAUCCGCCAGAUCAAGCUCCGUGCGUUGGAGAAGGAGAAGAACGAGCUGAGCGAGAAACUUCGCGUCACUGGCAAGCGGAUCGACCAUUUGGAGCGUGCCUUCCGCAAGGAAGAGGUCAAGCAUCUGCCCGAAGAUUACGAGCAGCAACUUAAACGCGACCUGGCCGCAUACGAGAAGGCCAAGGUGGAGACUCUCCGUGACUCGGAGGAGAAGCACAAGGAGGACGUCGCUCUGAAGCACCGCUUGAGCCGUCUUCUCCCCACCUACGAGACCUUCCGCGACGACAUCCGCCAGCAACGACGCGCCGAGUUCGAGAGGCGCCGCAGGGAAGCGGAGAGGGAGCUGCAGAGGAAGAUCGAUGCACGCAAGAAGGAGCACAAGGAUCGCAAGAUCCGCGAGAAGCGCGAGCAGGAGGAGAGGGAGAGGAUGGAGCGCGAAGAAGAGGAGAGGCAACAGCAGGAGGAAGAAGAACGCGCACGUGCCGAGGAAGAGCGUCGUGCCCAGCUGCUGGAGGAGAAGGCCGAGCGUGACGAGCAGAGGAAGAAACUCGACGAGGUCGCUGCCCGACAACGCCAGCGUGAAGAGGAAGCCGAAGCCCGCCGUGCCGCCCAACGUGCCGGUCCCCGUGGUGCCGCCCCACCCGUUCGUGCCCCCGAGGUUGCCCCUCUCGCGGGCGCCGGCGGGCCACCCCGUCUCAACAUCGCCCGCAAAGAAGGCCAACUCACCUGGCGAGAGAAGGAAGCUCUCCGAGCUGCCGGUGGUGCCGAAGCCGCCACUCCCGCCGAGACCGAAACCGCAGCGCCUGCGACCGAGACAUCAACCGAAGAACACCUCGCGCCACGUCCCGGGAAAUUCAUGCCGCCUGCCCUUCGCGAAGGCGGUGCCCCCAGCGGCGGAUGGCGAAGCCGCGAGGCCUCGCAUCGCGGGGAGGGAAGCGGACGAGAGGAGAGCCCUGCCGCGGUGCCGCGCGGACGAUUCCAGCCGCCUGGCGGACGAGAGGGCGCGACCGGACGCUGGCAACCGGCGGGUCGAAGGCCGGAUAUUGGGGAGAGGAGCGCCAGCGGACGUGGCGAGGGAAUGGAGCGCAGCGGAAGCGGACGUGGGUUCAGUCGUGAUCGGGGAGAGAGCCCACUUCCGCCUCCGAGCGGGGCGCCGGCGGAGGGGCGGUAUCGACCGGGUGCGUUUAGGCAGCAGAGGGGCUAGGAGAUGCAGAGGACGCGGUGCAGUUUCCCUACAGGCUCUCCGUAGGUGUUGAUUAUUUGGAGGCCAAGAUGAAGAGGAAGGCCUUGCAGUUUCUACCCAGAGACGGAUUAUUCGUUGGUCUUGACGGCGGACGAGCCAUG